AUGUCAGUCAAGGACGUAAUCAUCCUUGACCUUCCUGCAGACUUUGAGUCAAUGACUCAGUGGAAUGGCCAGGCAAGCCAUGAUGGGAGUGGAGGCCGUGUUAUAAUAUACGCACCUGACGAAAUACGAAUCGAAAAUAACUUUGACCUCUAUGGUGACCAAGCCAACAAGAAGAAGAUGUCAAAGAACACCCUUGCAGCACAAGUGGCUUACCGAGAUAAAUGUGCACCGGGAUUUGUGGAGUAUUUCAACCCAGAGCAAUGUUGUGAGGCUCCUGGAUGCACACCUGGGCCACCAAAUGAUUAUCAAUCAGCAACGGAUCACUAUAUGGAAAAACUUACACGACCGAGGAACGCUAAUCUUGUUUCACUGCCCCAUGAUGACCAGAACCUGGAGAAGUAUAGUCCAGGGAUGAUAAAGGUUUCCCUGAAGCUCCUAUGGAACUGGCGAGAGAAUAUCUGGUCAAUGCGUAAAGAAAUGGGGGUUCGGGAAAUGACAAACCUUGAUGGCCCCUCAGUUGUUACACCGGAUCAAUCCCUGGAACAAUUGGCAUCGGGAAUGCACCAAGGAUAUUGCAGGGAAAGAUGCGAGGCGCUUGUCGAGGCUUGGGGCUGGGAAUUUGGAUUGGACGCUCCGGAGACAGAAUUGCUGAUUGAGGUGAUCGAGGAUUCCAAUAAGAGAUGGGAGAGAGAACUGGAAAUAAGGGAGAAGGGGAAGGGAUCUCGUAAGCGUAAAGCACUGAACAGGAUGGUAGAUGACGAUAAUGGUGCACUGGGCGAAGGAGAGACAUCAUCAGCGACUAUACUUGUGAGGCCCCGACAAGUGGGGAAAAGGUCAAUCAAACUCACCAUAAAGGCUGCAAAUGCCGAUCAGGAUGUUGAAUAG